AUGGACAUUUCACCACCCUCAACCCGUCGCUAUUCCCACAGCUCCCGCGAAAACCACACCAUCACACCAGGCAUGGACAAUCUCGGUCCCAGCUCACCGGGCGGUGGAAUCAGCGGAAUCGCCCUAGGAAUCGCCAAUACACACAGUCGCCAAAGUGGUAUCGAGGCAUCUCACGGCAUAAACGACGGAUACACUGGCCCCGCCGAGCGCGACUAUAACACAACCGGCUCAGACACACCCUACGUCCCCUCAGCAGGCCCUACCAGCGCCGACUCAUUUCGUCCCGAACACUCCCACGCAUUGAACAUGGCGAGAGGCGGCGCACUCGCCUCGCCCGCUAUGCAGACGCCUAGUCAAUCAUCCGGGCAUCUGAGCGAUCCCGCACAUAGCCCAUACCAAUACCCCACGCCGUAUGCGGGUCUCACUGGUGGACCUUAUCAGCGACACUCGACCGCGUACAGUAAUGGCGAGAUGUCGAAUAUCAACCCCGACGACAUCGCCGAUGAUGGCGAAGAGGACUUUGCUCCCCCCGCGCAACCGGGCUGCGCCUGCUGCGGCCGGCGCGACUGGUGGCGCCGCUGCCGGUGGCCUUCUCACCGGCCUGUUUGGUCGCGAGAAGAAUACGGACGCAAGAAGAUGGGCUGGAUUGUCGGUCUUGUUCUUGGGUUUGUGAUUCUAGGUGCCAUCAUCGGUGGUGCCGUGGGUGGUACAAUUGGUAAUCGGCACAACGAGAACAAGUCGAAGUCGGCCGGUGCGGAAACUGCUACGGAUGAUGCAACGACUAAUGGCGACCUCGACAAGCACUCCUCGGAGAUCAAGGCUCUGAUGGGUAACAACGAUCUCCACAAGGUCUUCCCUGGGAUGGACUACACCCCGUGGGGCGUGCAGUACCCGGACUGUGUGAAGUGGCCUCCGUCGCAGAAUAAUAUCACCCGUGACAUGGCUGUCCUGUCUCAGUUGACUAAUACAGUGCGUCUUUACGGUACCGACUGCAACCAGACUGAAAUGGUUCUUCAUGCGAUCGAUCGUCUCGAGCUCAAGGAUAUUAAACUUUGGCUCGGUGUAUGGAUUGACUCGAAUACCACCUCGACCGAACGACAGAUCAAGCACCUCUACAAGCUCCUCGAUGAUACCAAGGACACAUCCAUCUAUAAGGGUAUCAUUGUCGGUAACGAGGCCCUCUACCGCGCCGGCGAAAGCAAGCAGUCUGCCCAGAAGACCUUGAUCUCGUACAUCAAAGACGUCACGAAGGAGGUCAAGAAGCGCAACCUAGAUCUAUUGAUCGCGACCUCCGACCUCGGUGAUAACUGGAACGCGGACUUAGUGGAUGAAGUGGACGUCGUCAUGUCUAACGUCCAUCCCUUCUUCGCCGGUGUCAACGUCGACGUUGCUGUUUCAUGGACAUGGGAUUUCUGGCAGUCCCACGACGUCUCCUUGACCAAGGGCACGGACAAGAAGCAGAUCAUCUCAGAAGUUGGAUGGCCCAGUGGCGGCGGCAAGGACUGCGGUGAUAGCAAGGUCUGUGACGACGACACGCCUGGUUCUGUCGCCAGUGUCGAUAACAUGAACACUUUCAUGUCCGACUGGAUCUGUCCCGCGCUGGAAAAUGGAACUGAUUAUUUCUGGUUCGAGGCCUUUGAUGAACCAUGGAAAGUCCAGUUCAACACGCCCGGCAAGGAAUGGGAGGAUAAAUGGGGUUUGAUGGACUCGGCUCGCAAGCUCAAGAAGGGCCUCAAGAUCCCAGACUGUGAUGGUAAGACGGCCCCAUAA